AUGACACAGUCUUCGACCUCGACAGAGCCAUCAAUUACCACAGAGCCUCCUACAACGACACAACCUCCAGUAACUACACAGCCUCCAACAACAACAGAGCCUACCACAACGACACAACCUCCAACAACGACACAGCCUCCAACAACAACAGGGCCUCCAACAGCAACAGAGCCUCCAACAACAACAGAGCCUCCAACAACAACACAACCUCCAACAACGACACAGCCUCCAACAGAGUAUAAUUUUUUUUUUUUUUUUUUUUACAAUGCAUGUAUUUAAGUCAUCUUUUUCCGUGUUUAAAUAAUAAUAAAAAGCAACUUGCAAAUAGAAAGGGAGGGGUGGAUAAAACAAAUUCACACCUCAGAAACAACCUCAACCUUAGCGACAAUAAACAACCUCAAGUUUUUUCUGCUCUUAUUUUAUCUUCGGACCAUCGAAUCAUUGAACAAUAAUCUUCUGUUAUUUUGUCAUCAUCAUCAUAAUCACUAUUAUUAUCAUUUUCAUUAUCAUUGUAAUUGUAAUUAUCGUUAUCGCUAUUAUUAUCGUUGAUAUCAUCAUUUUUUUUUUCAAAGGGCAUUAUUUCUUUGUUGCCUGCCCACAAUCAAAAACACAUUGACUCAACGAAUCUCUGUUUUUGUUUCUCCUCAAAGACAUCAACGACACAGCCUUCGACGACAGAGCCAUCAAUUACGACAGAGCCUCCCACAACAACACAACCUCCAGUAACUACACAGCCUCCAACAACAACAGAGCCUUCCACAACGACACAACCUCCAGUAACUACACAGCCUCCAACAACAACAGAGCCUCCCACAACGACACAAUCUCCAACAACAACAGAGCCUCCAACAACAACAGAGCCUCCCACAACGACACAGCCUCCAACAACAACAGAGCCUGCAACAACAACACAACCUCCUACAACGACAACAAAGAUAACAACAGGUAAAAAGGUGACUAUUCAUUUAAUGUCCCGCUUUCCAUAG